AAACGGUGGGUGGCAUCGGUCCCUGCGUCAACUACCCGCGGCGGCGAUGACACUUGCCGAUUUGCUCUCGGUCGGCACUUGAUUCUGCAGACAGGAUACAGAGUUUAUCAGGUUGAUGAUGCCCCUGUGGGUGAUGAUCCUCCCCUCCCCCGCGAACAACAACCGACAGCGCUUGCCGUCGGCCGGGAAUAGUCUCUUCCGCCUCACGGGACCCGGUCCCCCCUCAGCUUGUCACGGCAUUACCCCACGUCGACAGCAGCCGUCGCCGGGCGGUCGACAGCCGGAGUGCGCUGACCUGCACGUCAGCACCCCCUUGGGUCUUGGGCCUGGAGCCCCUUCCCGCUCGAUCUAGAGAAUAGGCAGUCCGGACCCGGCGCGUGUCUUGAUCUGGUCAUGGUCAGUGCUUGUGGAACU